AAAAGUUAGAGUUAAAAAAUUAUUUUGACCCGUGUAAAGUUGAAGUAGCUAUUUAAACUUAAAAUUUUUACAUAAAUACCUCGACUUACACGCAAAUAUAUACGGUAUAUGUCAGUCUUAAUGGAUGCGGCGGAAAAUAUUACUUCACUUGGAGAAAAUGGCCAGCUGCAUCGUUCAAAAAUUAGUUCAAAGCAGCCUACAAAAGCGCAUCUAAAAUGUUGUGCGAUGAUAGAAAAAUCAUGUUCAGCAAAGUAUGUUAAGAUUUUGAUGGAUGGAUUACUAAAGCUUGGAUGUGCAACAAGUACUGAGCAGAAAAAUAUUGUCUGUGAGCCCUGCACUCCAAAACUUGUUGCAGCUUUUGAUACAGAAAAAAACCAGAUAGUGAUUUGUGAAAAUGACCUGUCCAAUCAAAAGGUUAUGGACGAUGUUUUGACACAUGAGCUUAUUCAUGCAUAUGACGUUUGCAGAGUUAAAUAUGACCUUAAUAAUUUAAAACAUUUAGCCUGCUCAUCAAUUCGAGUUGCCAAUUUAACUGGAGAUUGCUUUUUUUGGAAGGAAAAUUUUUUGAGGUUUCGAUUUGGUUGGCAAUAUCAGCAGCUUGUGUUCGUAAUAUGGCGGUAAAGCACAUGAUGGCAUCAAAAAAAAUUGACGAGGAUACUGCAAGAUCAACUGUUGAAAGUGUUUUUGAUGCAUGUUUUAAUGAUCAUGAACCUUUUAUAAGAAUCCCUCCAUAGAUAUUGUAAUUGUCAUUAAGUUUUAUUUCGGGUGAUGACAUAAAUUUUGUGAA